AGCCCCGCCCUCAUCUGUUCAGACCCCCUGCUGAUUGGAGCAUGUGGUGUAAAGUUCAGAGCUGAAGCUGUGCAGUUAGUCAGUGUGUGUGUGUGUGUGUGUGUGUCACUGUGGUAGCACUGCACUGAUUUAUUUACACAGCGGUCCUAAAAUACACACCGGUUGGACGCUUCAAAUCUUUUUGGUUGAAGUGAUAACCCUGCACACAGACUCCGAGACUCAGAUGGUGGGUAGAAAGGUAGCGAGAGAGACGCUGUUGCCCUCAGUUCAUGAGGAUGACGGUGAUGAAGGUCACGAGGAGGAGACGUUAGGAGGGAUCAGGAGCAGGCCACCCAGCCGACCUCGCAACAUCUACAGCCGAGGCAGCGUGGACAGCCAGACAGUCGUCCGGGCAAGUGGCUGCCGCCAGAGAGAGCUGAGUGCAGGGGAGAAAUCUGAAGAUGAUGAUGGCGCUGAUGAGGAGGAGGAGGAGGAGGAGGAGGAGGAGGAGGAAUGCGAUCGAAGCAGUGAAGCGGUUGACGGACAGGAGGGAGCUGGAGCGUGUUUCACUGUGGAUGAAGACUAUGACACGGAGCUGGAGCCUGAAGAUAAGCCAGGGAGGUACGACCUCACAGGCGAGGCGCGUUACCGAGAGGCGUGUGAGAUGUUCAACGUGGUUCCAGUGUCCUACUUCCUCAGGAACAUACAGAGCACAGAAGUGAGCAUGAUGCACCACGGACUCGGCCCUCAGGGUAGCAAAGCCCUGGCAGUUCCCUUGGUAACCAACACCUCCAUUCUGAAGCUGAAUCUGCGAGAUAAUGGAAUGGAGGGAGAAGGUGGAGCCGCCAUAGCUGACAUGCUGAAGGAGAACCUUUACAUCACAGAAAUAGAUCUUUCAGAGAACAGGCUCGGUGAGUGUGGGAUAAAGGCUCUGGCCAGCAUGCUGCUAGAGAACACCUCCCUCAUCUCCCUUAACCUUUCUGGGAACCAUCUGGACGAGCGAGCGGCUAAACACCUGGCUCCGGCGCUGACCAAAAACCAGCACCUGCAGCAUCUGGACCUGAGCCACAACCGGCUGGGAGAAGCAGCAGGGGAACUUCUGGGCGCCGCUGUAGCUGAGAACACGGGAAUGAAGUCACUCAGUCUGGCCUGGAACUGCAUUCGUGGAAAAGGAGCCAUCGCUUUAGCUAAAGGCCUUGCGGCUAACAUAUUCUUGCAAACUGUGGACUUAUCUUACAACGGACUGGGCAAGGAGGGAGCAUCGGUUCUCGGUGAGGGGCUUAAAGACAACAACACGCUGGAGGAAUUGAACAUCAGUAUCAACCGCAUACCUCCUGAAGGAGCAGUCCACUUAGCUGUGGGUCUCAAAGCAAACAACAACCUUCGGAUUCUUAAAAUGGCUCGGAAUCCAGUUCGGUCGGCCGGAUGUUUUGCGGUGCUUAAAGCCAUAGAAGGAAACCCUUCAUCUUCAGUGGAGUACCUGGACUUUUCUGACGUUAGCGUGGACCAAGAGUUUGAAGACUUGUUCAACUCGAUCAAAGAAACUCUACCAAACCUCCAAGUGAAACACGGUGGCAAAAUAAGACCUUUCCAAAAUCUACAGAGCUGACCUCUGCCAGAGCAGUCGAUUCUAAUCUGUCACUUGCUGUACACCUGUGUCUCCUGAAUGUAUUAAAAACCGCAAAGAAUACGCAAAGAAA